GAUCAAUGUCAUUGUCAAACGCAUUUGCGAACAGCUGAUAAAUGACGAUACAAAUUCUUCAUUAGUAGCCAGUUCUAAGUAGGGUCGAUGAUUUUCUAUAUUUGUGGCAAUAAUAACAUGAAUGAUAGUUGACAAAGAUGGAACAGAAUUGUGAAAUUCAAAAGAACGAUAGUAAAGUUUUAGAUUCGUCAGAAAAUAAUGAAUCUCGAAAAACUGACGAUCUCCCUUCCGAAUGCAAAAUUAAAAAAACUGAAGAACCAGCAGACAAAGAAAACUCAGAAAAUGGCAGAGGACCUGAGGAUCUUAUAGAAAUCAAAAUAAUUUUUAGCAAGAAAAAAUAUGAUGUUCAAAUUUCUGCAGAUGCCACAGUUGCCACUUUAAAGAAACAACUACAGGGUUUAUUAGGUGUACCAGAUUCAAUGCAAAAGUUAAUGUUUAAAGGUUUGCUCCAAGACAAUCAAACUUUGAAAAGUGCUGGGGUUGUUAAAGGAACUAAAAUAAUGUUAGUAGGGUCAACUUUGAAAGAUGUUUUAGCUGUUUCAUCUGUAAGCAAACAAGAUGUUGCAGAAGCAGAAAAGGCAGGUACCACAAAAGAACCACUAUGCAAACAGAAACUACAUAAGAAAAUUCUAGAUAAAGGGUUGCCUGAGGAUGUUAUGCCAGGUAUUAAAAAUGUCAAAGAAAGGUUGCCUCCAGCUCCUUUGUCUGGUAUGUUAAAUAAGCAUGGGGGAAAAGUAAGACUCACCUUCAAGUUAGAACAAGAUCAGUUAUGGCUAAGUACUAAAGAACGAACUGAAAAAUUACCUAUGUCAUCAAUUAAAAAUGUUAUUUCUGAAAGUAUUGAAGGACAUGAAGAAUAUCACAUCAUGGGUUUACAACUAGGUCCUACUGAAGCAUCAAGGUAUUGGAUCUAUUGGGUGCCUGCUCAAUAUAUUGAUGCAAUUAAGGAUGCUGUCUUGGGGAAAUGGCAGUAUUUCUAACUCUUCUGUGAGUCAAUAUUUGACAUAUUUACAAGUAUUUAUUUGUGUUGAAUUUGAUUUUGUAUACAGUUUAGUUCUCUUGCAUUUUAAUUUGAAAGUUAUUUAUGUAAGUAGCCCUUCCAGAAAAAAUAUCAGCAAUAGAAGAAAUCUUUUUCUGCCUGGUCAUUUACUUUUUCAGAAAUAAAAAGUUUCUAUGCA